UUCUUCAACACUCUACUAAUUCUGUUCAGUUUGUCGUCGAAGUUACAAGGACGAGCCAAUGCCAAAAUGUGGAAAAGAUGGCGAUUGUUCCACGCCACGGAUUUCGAAUCGUUGAUGUAUCCCUCAUUUACAUUUUGCUAUAUUCUUGGAAUAUUCCCGUAUAAGAUCAAUGCUUCGAUUUUCAAUAUUUCUAAACCACGUUACAUUCUUUCUACCGUAGUUAUGUGUGUUUGUCUUAUUGGCUUAUUGAGAAGUCUCUAUUUGAUAGACAUUUGUGGAAUCCCGAAGUCGAAAGGGGUACCCAGGACUCUUGAGCGUAAUUGCUUUUACAUACUCAGUGGUUUUGUGGCGGUCGUUACGCACAUUUUGAGUGGUCCACGAAUGCGUUUGCUCCAAACCAUAAUGGAAAUCUCUUGGAAAUUGCCUCCGGAGUCAUACCAGAAGCUAUCCAGACUAAUUCACGCCAAGGACAUUUUAGGCUCCUUUCUACUACUUAUAGAAGUGCCGAUGUAUUUCAUGAUGAAUUUCCAUAUUGUAUUCAAGAUUUUCUUAGCAUACGUUAGUCUAAUAAUGUUUGAGAUGGAUAUGCUGUAUAUGAAUUGUGUUUGUGUACUAAAAGCUUGUUUCAAGCAAAUCAGUGAUAAUCUGGAGCAUAUACGGGACCACACGAUGAAUGAUGAAGUAUAUCAUCUCAGUCGAAUGUACCGCAAGCAAAGAAGUCCAUUCUUGCUAAUUAAACUAAAGGUCUUGAAAAAACAGCAUCAAAUGAUUAGUAACGCAGUGCAGAUGCUGAAUACAACUUUCAAUUUGCAACUGCUUGCUACUAUAACUUUAUCUUUCGCUGAAAUUACUUUUUUGCUCUACUUUCAUAUAUUGUAUUGGCAAAAAGGCAUUUCGAUGAUCAAUGUAGAUGAUCGUAUCUAUGAAGUGUUCUUGAUGACGUCCAUACCGUAUUAUUCUAUAAAAAUAAUGUUGAUAGUGUGGGCCUGUGAAUCCACCAAGAAUCAGGCUUUGCAGAUUGGCACCACUAUUCAUGACGUAUUUAACAGCACUGGCGAUAAUGAAAUAAAAAACGAGUUGCAAUUGUUUUCCUUGCAAGUUCUUCAUCGCAAAAAUAUAUUUUCCGCAAUGGGUCUCACUGUAGAUGCGAAGCUGCUCACUGCGAUGGUGGGUAAUAUCAGCACGUAUUUAUUAAUAUUGAUACAAUUUUUAAAUAUGUCACAUUUUUGCGCUAAAGAAAUCGCUACAAAUGUUACAGAAAUAAUUCAAUAA